AAAGAAAAAAAAAAACUAGGGAAAGGUUUGGAUAGAUAUGUCGAAUCGAAAGCCGAGUUUUAGGUUUGAGAUUGAUAACUUCUCGGAGAAGAAAGCUCAUAUUAUAUCGUCUAAUACAUUCAAGAGCGGCGGAUGCGAAUGGUUUUUAGCCGUUUAUCCCAAGGGAGAUCGUCUUGCUGAUGGUCACCUGUCUUUGUACCUGCAAGUUGCCAAUGAUAGAACGUUGCAACCUGGAUGGAAAAGGAGUAUUAACUUUUACUUUGUUUUGUUGAAUCAAUCAGGCAAAGAACUCUACAAAACCGGUUUAGGACAAAACAGCUUUUGCGCUGAAAAUCCAGCAUGGGGUUUCCAGAAGGCCUUGCCUCUAAGCAAGUUUCAGGAAGAAGGGUUUUUGGAAAAGGACAAACUCAUCAUUGAAGUCUACAUAAAUGGAGGAGAAGUUGAAGAUGUAUCCAACAAGAAGAAGACUGUUGACAUCAACGGUUUUCAAGUUUUUGCUUCUCAGGUAACUAAAGUGGGAAAGAUAUUCACAGAGCACCCAGACAUUGCUUUAGAUUUCAAACCAACGAAACAAGAAGUGAAGACAGCGUACAUGAAUGUCCUCCUCAGGGUCAUUAAAACACUCAAUAAGCCUCCAAAGAGCCUUUCAGAGACUAGACUUAACAAGGCUAGCAGCGAGUUGAGUGAGCUGAUGAACGUAGGCUUCAAGCUGGACUGGCUGAAGUUAAAGCUUGAUGAGGUUACGUUGGAGAGGAAGAAACCAGAUGCUGAUGGGUCUAAGGUCCAACAACUCGAGGAACGUGUCAAGCAUCUUGAGCUGAAGCUUGAUGAGGUUAAUGAGUCUCGUACCCAACAAGUAGAGGAACGUGUCAAGAAACUUGAGCUGAAGCUUCAUCAGGCUUCCUUUAGUAAGAGCUUAUCAGAUGAUGCCAAUGAGUACCGUGCCCAACAAGUAGAGGAACGUGUCACUAAUCUUGAGCUUAUGGAAGUGGGCUUCAAGCUCGCCUCUUUGAAUACAAAGCUUGAUGAGUUUUCUUUGGAGAGGAAGAAAACAGAUGAGAAACGUGGCAAGAAUCUUGCGCUGAUGGAAUUGCGUUUGAAUACGAAGCUUGGUGACUUGGAGAGGAAAACUUCAUAUGAUACUAGUGUCUUUGACUCUCGAAUCGAACAAAUGGAGAAGUAUGGCAUGGGUCUAAGGUUCAAACUGGAAAGCUUGAUCACAAAGCUUGAUGAGAUCUCCAAAGAGAGGAAGAAAGCUGAUGAUGCUGAUGGUUAUCUGGUCCAAAAACACGAGGAAAGCAUCAAGAACAUUGAGAUGAUGAUCUCGCAGGUCAAAGUUGAACUUGACAAGAAAAAGGACAAGACUUCUGAUGAUGGGUUUCUGCUAGUCGACUAGGUUGCUUGACGCAGAGAGAUCAUCAAGUUAUUAGUUUAUAUCGUCUUUUUUUUAGAAGACACUACAAUAGUUUUUUACCCUUUUUCAUUUUAAUGCUGCUUUCUGAAUAGACUGGUUCCGAACGUUUGCAAGCUUAGCUUAUGUUAUUUGUUUCGUUUUAUUCUUG